AUGGUUUUAUUUAUUAUAGCUGGUGCAACCCGAUUUAAGCACUUAGAUAAAAAUUUAGCAGCUCGAUUACGUACUCAUCUAUGUAAUUAUGCACGAGAUACAAAAGGCUUUCAAUAUGCAUUUAUACAAACAUGUCAUCCAGCAACACGUCAUAUCUACGUUAAAAACAUGAAUGGAAAAGAAAUGACAAUUGUUGAUCCAGCAACUUGGCUAUGGAAAAAGAAAGAUGAUGGUUUAUCACAGCCAUUUAAAGAUUAUCAAGGUGGGCCUGUUGUCAAUAUUCUUGUCAAACUGAGCGAACUAAAAUAA